GCCCAAUUUACUUACCUUUUUAAAACUGAUUCCUAUAACCCAAAGUUAGCUUGGCAAAGGCCAACGUCUAAAAUAUACAAUAUAAAGAUUCAAAAUGUCGUUUGAGUUUUAUCUCGACGCCGAGGUUCGGUCGAAACGCCGCAUUCGCAACUGGUACUACGACAACUUGCAGAGAGUGUUGGAACAGGCCAAGGAGAACCAGGCUCGGGAUAUAGACACGUCUAUUGCUAUGGCCAAGGAACUUAAAGCGAUAUUGGAUGAACCCCGAGUCAAGCCUCGUGAGGUACCCCCUCACGACGUGACCCCACAAGAGAAGGCCGAAAUGAUGAAGCCAGUUGAGCCAGAAGUGCUGGACAUCCUGUACGGUAGCUCGGAGAAGUAUGCAGACAGGCGGUACCUCAAGGUCAGGAACAAGAAGUCACCAGAAGACAAAUAUUACUUCCGCGUGGUAACGAGCUGGGACUAUGGCUGGCAGCAGAAAUCGAGCCGCCUGCCAGCAAAGGACGUCCACCACGGCCGCUGUGCACUCCUGAAAGAAACAUUCUACAGAAAGAACAACCCCACGCCCGACCCGCCGACAUACGCGCAGCCGGCCGGCGGGGAGUUCUCCGUUUGCACUCAAUACUCGUGCUACGCUGGCUAG